UCUAUUUUCCUCAUUCUCCCAUUUUACAAAUCUAUCUUUCUCAGUUUUUAAUCCAACGUCUCCAAACAACUUUUCUCCUUCUCAUUUCUUUCUAUAAAUUGCAAAUAUACGUCAAGCUUUGAUUUCGCUCUGGUGCUCUCUCAUCUUCGACCUUCGUCUCUACAAGUUGAACGGAACCCUCGAAGAGUCACAGACAGGAAAUUGGGAAGUUAAUUUUUGAUCUGUUUGAUGGGUUGCCGUAGUUCGAAGGUAGCUAAAUCACCUAGUUAUGAGGAUCCCAUCAUUCUUGCUGCUGAGACACCUUUUUCUGUAAGUGAAGUAGAGGCCUUACAUCAGCUCUUUCAGAAAUUAAGCAACUCAAUUAUUCAAGAUGGACUCAUUCACAAGGAAGAAUUUCAGCUUGCACUUUUCAAGAAUAGAAACAGAAGGAAUCUGUUUGCUGACAGGAUUUUCGAUUUAUUUGAUCUCAAGCGCAAUGGGGUUAUUGAGUUUGGGGAAUUUGUGCGAUCACUAGGUGUUUUUCACCCAAAUGCACCAAUAGAAGACAAAAUCAAAUUUGCUUUUAGGUUGUAUGAUCUGAGGCAGACAGGGUAUAUUGAACGAGAGGAGCUGAAAGAGAUGAUAUCAGCAAUACUGCAUGAAUCUGAGCUCAUACUUUCUGAUGACGUCAUCGAAACCAUAGUGGAUAAGACAUUUAACGAUGCUGAUACAAAAGGUGAUGGAAAGAUUGAUCAAGACGAAUGGAAAGAAUUUGCGUUCAAAUAUCCAUCUUUAUUGAAGAACAUGACCCUACCAUAUCUAAAGGACAUAACCUUGGCAUUUCCCAGCUUUAUUGAAAAAUCAGAUGUGGAUGACUUAGAAACGUGAGAUUUACAGGUUUUACUGGGGUUGCUUUUGUCUCCAGGAAUGGUUAGUGCUGAUUAUAAGGCGAGACCUUUCCUGGGUGGUGAUGAGUUUUACCUGUGAAACUUGCAAUCUCAUGAAGCUAUCUGAUAUAUCUAUCAAGUAAGCCUUGCUUCAGCAUGUCACUGAAUCUAUCUCGCCGUCUAAUAAAUGGUGUGGUGCAAUGGUUUUGUUCUUCUAAUGCAAGGCUGUCGUACGCUAUCCUGCAUCCGGGAGAGCAGAAGACGACCAAGGUUGAUCAACCUUCUUGCUUUUAAUGGUUUGCAGUAUCGGAUUCGUACGAGGGCGGUUUGACUCGUACACUGAACAAUGUUACGUCCUAAGAUUCCAGAGCUAUCACGAAACCGUCUUCAGUACUGGAAACAUUGAUGAUUAUGAUCAAUUUCCCCUGCUGUUCGUAUUUUACUAUGCAUCUAAACUACAUAGCAUUUUUUUCAAGUAGAUAUUUUUCUGUGGCAACACGUGGCAUGAUGCAGCAUGCGGGGAAGAUGGGAGUUCUUUGCAGAGACCUUUUUUGACCAACAUUCAUGGCAGUUUUUUAGCCUCUUGAGAAGAUGUAAUGCCACCUUAGGACAAUUAUUAUAUUCUUAUAUGUAUAUAGAUGAUGCAUAGAGGAUCGAGCUUUGAGUGUUAAUAAACAUGAACUUUUCAGUUAAUGUCAUGUGAUUUUUCUUUAA